AUGGCCAGAUUUUAUAUCCAUGACAAUAAAAAUGAAAUAGAUUUUAGGGAAGACCAUGACAGCGGUAUCAAAGUCACUUUGCCUGAACUGACAAAACUCGGUGUUCUUUAUUAUUGCAUAACAGAACCUGAACAAGUCGACCAAUUGGCCAAAGAAAGGGACUAUAAAAACCAGGAUCUAGUCAAUAUUUCCCUAGAUGCAUUCAAAGGCAACAAUGAUGCAAUGCUGGCCAAACUGAAAAUUUUCUAUGAAGAACAUCUACAUGAAGAUGAGGAAAUUAGGUAUAUAGUGGACGGGGACGGGUUCUUCGAUAUCAGAAAUGCCAACACAAAUGAUUGGAUCCGAUGUUAUGUAAAUAAAGGCGAUCUUUUGAUCGUCCCUGCUGGUGUCUAUCAUAGAUUCACUUUGACAACCAAAAACUUUAUCAUUGCAAGAAGGUUAUUCAAGGAUGAACCCCGUUGGGAAGCUCACAACAAAUCCCAUAAAGUAGACCAAUACAGUGUACAUAAAGAGUAUCUUUCCUCUAUAAAAAUAUAA